UGACAGUUUAGGAUAUGGGAAACUGCCUGAAGUCUCCGACCUCGGAUGAUAUUUCUCUGCUACAUGAAUCCCAGUCGGACCGGGCCAGCUACGGGGACGGCCCAGACCCAGACCAGGAACCUCCACCUCCUUAUCAGGUCAAAGUUGUACAAGGAUGGGAUUUGUUGCUUAGAACUGAAGUAACUGACUCUUCACCAGAUGACCAUUGUAAUCCGCUCCAAGCGAAGAAGAGAAGUAGAUCAUGUAUCCCAACAACCGCUAUUUGAUGAUGCUCAAAGCAGAGCCACUCUACUCCUAACACGCUGAUGUCCCUUGGGCUUCUGGACAGAAAAACACCUUUGACACCUUUACUGUCAGUUCUUUGAGGCAUCUCAACUAGAAGAACUCAGUCUUCAGAAGAGCCAGAGUAUGGUCUGCUGUCAGCUGCUGUCCCCUGCAACACAACUUUUGGAACUUCUCUCUUUGUUUGCUCCCCACUCCUACUUGUCUUCCCAGUUUUGACAUUGUGUAGACAAAUAAAAUGCCUUCUUUUUAAAAUCAAAAUCCUACUGGGAUUAUCGCCCUCACCAGUUCUGAGUCAGAAUGGAAUGCACUGUAACAAGCUGAGUCAGCAAACAGUGUACAGGGAAAAAAAGUCAUCAAAGGAGCAAAUCCGGGUGCCGGUGUACCACCCGACGCCCAGCCAGGCCAGACUUGCCACCCAGCUGACGGAGGAGGAGCAGAUACGUAUUGCCCAGCGGAUUGGGCUUAUUCAGCACUUACCCAAGGGGGUGUACGACCCAGGAAGUGACGGCUCUGAGAAAAAGAUUAGAGAGUGUGUCAUCUGUAUGAUGGAUUUUGUUUUCGGAGAACCCAUCCGGUUCCUGCCCUGCAUGCACAUUUACCACAUGGACUGUAUUGAUGACUGGCUGAUGAGAUCCUUUACCUGCCCGUCCUGCAUGGAGCCUGUGGACGCUGCUCUGCUUUCCUUCUAUGAAGCCAACUGACACAUGCACACGUCUAUUUCCUAACACACUCUCUACCAUAUAUAUAUAUGUGUGUGUGUGUGUGUGCUCACACAACUUUUCUCUUGCUAUGUUCUAUCCUGGAUUAGUAAGUGGAUAAAGAAUAGGAAUGUAAAUGACUCUGUGUUUGAACACAUGUAAAUGCACAUUUGCGUUGGCCUGCUGGUCAGGACUGAAGUUUUACCUCAGCCAGAUGUAGCAGAAACAUCAAUGAUGCAGAGCUGACGGGGAUCCACUUGUGGAUGAUAGAUGGCUGUUACGAUUGUGAAACUUUUUUUUUUUUGCAAUAAUCACGUGAAUGUGAAAGUUACAAUGGAUGGACUGUGAAGGAAGCCAGAAAGUGUGUCCUAUCCACUGUGUGCAGGCUGAAGAUGGCGCCUGCUUAUGUCGGAAAUAUUCAACUGCGAAGAAACUUCUGGUCAAAAGGUUUGAAUGAGAUGCUGCGAUACGUCUCAGACGGGCUCUGAUGUGGAAACUGCUGCACAAGGAGGUCCUCUGUUGGUCCUGGGGCCACUUAAAUGUCUCUGUACAGAUAUUAGAUAAGAACCGUAUAUGGGUGAUGUGUGUGUCCUGUGGUUAGUGAAGUCUGUUGUGUGGGUUAUCAGUAUAAGGGCUCUACUAUUGUUUACACCAUAGGUACAACUCACAUUUUGUCAGAGAAAUUACAUGACCCCAUUCACAACCUCAAAGCAGAAACCUGCAUCUAGAUGUUGAUGAACCCUUACCAUCCAAUCUCCACGUGAAGAUAACAGAGACACAUAAAAAAAAUGUGUUUGUUUUUAGGUCACAUUGUUGAUCCUCAUGUAAACCUCUUCCUGGAAUCACUGUACUCUGUUCUAAUGCUGCAUUCAAGACUACAGUAUGGCUUCUUCGUGUCAUCCUCUCAUGUUCUAGUAAAAUGAAAUGUCACAGCACCUUGAUGUGUAUUUACUGUGUUAAUGGUUUGUAAGGUUUGACACAACAAAACACAGUCUCAGAAUCAGAAAAAUCUUUAUUCAUCC